AUGAUUCCAUAUCAGAUAGGCGAUCGCAUAUCCAUUGCUGAAACACCUAAGGCUAGCGGAUAUGCUGCGCUGCUACUGCACACCGCCACCGUGCGAUUCGUGGGGGAAAUUCCUGACUGGCCGAAUGUCACAGCCUACGGGAUCGAGUGGGAUGAUCCGCUUCGUGGAAAAAACGAUGGGAGUAUCAAUGGCAUUUACUACUUCUCUGCCGCUAAUCCGACUUCAGGUUCGUUUAUCAAAAGCAGCAACAAGAAAAUUCUCACGCGAACGAACUUCCAGGAGGCGUUAGAUCGCACGUACCGCGCGCCGGGCCAAGUCGGCGAAGAUGCAGAGAUCAGGUUCGGCACCAAGGUGGUGGAAAAGUUGGGAUUUGGGAAAUUAUCACUGAUCCAGGCCCAUCACGAGAAUCUCACUACAGUUUCGCUCAAUGGCAUGCAGAUUCACUCCAUCGGAGAUCUAUCCCAGAUUGUACCCAACGCCGAAACCUUGGAUUUGAGCUACAACUUAUUUACCGAUUUGGGGGGUGUGUUGGGUUCUGUCGCGGGACUCAAGAACCUCCGAACACUCAAUCUCAACGGAAAUGUAUUUGGAGGUAAAGGCUCCAUUGAGAUGGUGCCUCCCCUGUCAUCCCUAAGUAUCCCCUCUGCGAAGAAAUCUCUGGUGGCUGUUUUGGAAAAUCUAUUCCUUGCUGCUACAAGAGUUUCGGUUAACCAUAUCAACUACACUAUCCGAACUCAUAAAUCUCUAAAACACCUUGUGUUAUCAUCAAACGGAAUUUCCGACGAGCAAUUCAGGUCCAUUGACUUCCGAGGGUCAAGCCUUGAGAGCCUCUCCCUCUCGUUCAACGAGCUAGUUCAUGUUGACUUCACACACCUCAACCCACAGCUAGCGAGCAUCGAUCUAUCCGGUAACAACAUCUCCCAGAUCACCCAACUUAAAGUCCCGGAUGGAUGUCCUUUAGACUCCUUGGAUCUCCGGGGAAAUCAGAUUAGCAGCUGGGCCGAAGUGGAUCAGCUUCCAUUAAAGUUUCCCCGGUUGCACUCCCUCAGACUAAACGACAACCCUCUCUGCGAUUUGGCCGAAACCUACCACCUCCACCUCCUAGGCAGACUUGGGUUCUUCGAUGCGAACCAGUUGGCGGUGGACGGGACACGUGUAUCGUCAGACGAAAUGGAAAAUGCUGAGUUUUGGUUUGUCUCGCAACUAAAACAGAACAAGAUUCCCGAUUUUGAUAUGACCGGUGGACGAUUCCACGAAUUGUGUGCCAAGUAUUCGCUUGAUUCAAGCCAGUUAGGAACCCAGCCUGACACUGUAGAGCAGCCCCAUAUGAAUAAGAGCCUCAUAAACUUCCUGAUCCGCCUCCCAAGCAUCGCCGGUGCUAGCGAAAGGAUCCUCAAAAAGAAGAUGUUUCAGAGUCAGAACGUUCUACGGUUGAAAGGCUACAUCAGCGCCGAAACUGGCCUAUCGGUGUUUGGGUUCAAACUUUUCUACAGUCUUCAACUCAAAAAUACCAGAAACAACACCAGCUCCGUCAAGCGCAUGGAGCUUGACGAGUGGUUCAAAGCCUUGGGAAGCUGGGGGCUUGACAAGCAUCCAAGUGUGUGUGUUGAGAUUUGUCAGGAGUGA